AUAUUUCAAAGACAUGAGUUUACCAACAUUAAGAUUUAUUCCCUUGAAGUUUAUCUAUAUACCACUAUAAUACAGCUUUUACUGAUAUCUAUCAAGAAAAAAACAACACAGCGAAAAAGGUACCCCCAACAGAAACAAGAGAAAAAAUAUAUAUAGACUACCUCAAACACAUCUUACAUCCUAGGGGGGAAUCACUAGAGGCAGAGCAAAAGGUCAGACAAGACUUGUCCUGAUGCACAGCUCAAGCGGUGGGAAUCUCACAGGCACAGGAUGGAGAGAAUCCAAGGAGGUGUGCAUACUAUAGAGCGUGUACAUAUCUUUGUGAAGGUUUAGACGCUACUUGUAUUGGCCACUUUGUAGGAGAGAGGGCGCCACGUUCAGAGGGAAGAUUUUGCAAUGCUGCUGUAAAAUGGGCACGUACCUCCGCUGCAGUGCUGCUGCUCCAGCCUCCAUUACUUGGCAUCCUUCUGCCUUGUGCUCCCUGCACCGUCCACUGCCUUCACCGUGGCUUGGCGAAGGUGUGCAUCCACUGCGGUGAAAAAUCCAAAAUCAAUCCAGAGUUCUCGCAUUUGUCAGUCAAGAAAACGGCAACACUGUGUGCAGUUUGAUCUGGAGGAAGAAGCUUAGUAGCAGUCUAGCAGUGUCAAGAGUUCAGGGACUGCAACUCCAUAUACAGGAAACGACUUGGAACAGCUAGAGGUAUUUCCUUUCAGUAGUGUUCAGAGAUAACAUUCUGAGCAUUGAAUUUUGGGCUGGAGGUUUUGGCUGCUGUUUAUUAGAUGGUGAUCUCACUGUUUCCUUGCUUACCAUGGUUGAGGACUACCCUUGCUGCUGGUGUUCUUGAUUCAGGGUAUAAUGGAGUGUUGGAAACCUGUAAUAGGUCAGUUCUAGUUUGCUGGUAUCCCCAGCCCCAAAACUGUGUAUCUCAACUAUGCUUUCUAUAGAAAGGUCCGGUCUUUUCUCUAAAAGAACAUUCUCAGAAUUUAUGAAAAGAUUUCAACUGAUCUAAUAUUUACGGUUUGAGUUUGUUCUUAAGGAAAUAGAUACGUGGAAAACAUUACUACCUCUGUCCUAGAAUAAUUGCAUUUUUACCAUUCAAAUUUUGUCCCGGAAAUAUUGUAUUUCUAGUGAGAUAGCAUCUAACAAAUUAAUUAGAUGGAAGAUAUCCUUUUAAUUAAGUUUAUGUAUGGAAUGUGUGCAUGCAGUGUGGUCAUUACAUAGGGUUAUUGUGGUUAUUUGUGUAUGCUGCUAAUCUGUCUCUAAUUUCCUAGAAAUGCAAUUAUUCUAGGACAAUAGUUUACAUUGCUCCUUACUCCAAGAUCUAUUAGAAUCACUUGAGUCUAUGCUUCCUUAUAAACAACUCGGUUCUUAUGAUGGUCUGUCACAUCCAUUACCAAUUAGUACAUAGCUUUCUUUUGUUCUUAUACCUGCACAAAAUUUUAGUGGGUAUUUGCAAUAUAGUAUGGUAACAUCAGAAAGAUAAGCAAGAAUGAAGAAAAAAAAAUAGUUGCACUCAAUUAAGUAAGAACAAGAGUCUAAUUUGAAGGUCCAUAAGUGUAUUGAUUCUUAAAGCACUAGUGUAGACUUUAAGAGUAAAUUGCUAACUCCAACAUGACCUAGCUCGUUCCGCUGAGCAAGUCAGCUUCUAGAUAUUUGGUUAUAGGUUCAAUUUUUCCACUGCACUUUUACAAUCCUUUAUAUUGCCAUCACUUGUACAUACGUAGAUCAUAGAUUUGACAUGUGAGUGACACAAGGGACGGUAUACAGGGCUUUGGGAAUUUUGUGGUGGCGUGUCAGAAUCUUACCAUUUUAAGAAAUGCAUUGCUAAUUGACUCAAUCUGUGAUGUACCUCAUCAAAAGCAUGUAGAUAUUUAGCAUAUUAUUUUGCGUUAGUCAAUCCAAGAAUAUUUUACAUGUGUGCAGGAAAGCCAUGAUCCAUUGUGAAUGCAAUCAAUGUCAGUAACGAGAAUGAGUGAUUGUAAGCUUGAAGAGAAAAGCAUACUUAAGAGGAGCGGAAAGGGAAAGAAAGUCAACCAAAUGAAGGAUUGGUAUUGAAGUAAUCUACUAGAAAAAACUAACUCAAGGGGGGUAGAGGAAGUACAACCAAACAAUGUCAGAAUGCGCAACAACAGCACGGAUGAAGAGGAAAGAAUACAUGCAACUCAAGCGGGGCAUGAAGCGUGCAAGAACUGAUGGAAAUGAAGAAAAAGGAAGAGCUGAUCCAACUUACAUCAGCAAUAUGGAGUUGAAAAAUACCCUUAGCUGGAACAUGACCUGGCCAAAAUGCAUGUGCCGACUUUGCCAAGGACCCAACGGAAUUUACAAAAACAUCAAGAAUGUAGUGGAACCAAAAUACUGCAAUAUUCAACUAAUGCAACUCAAGGAACCAUCAGUUAUAAACAGUGCAAUAAUAUACAGCCAACUGAAGAAAGCAAGGCGGGCAAAAGAAUUAGCAAAAAUAGCAAGAAUGAAGAGGAAAGAACAGAACACACUCAAGAGGAGCAGAAAAGGAACUAGAACCAAUAAAAAUGUAAUAACGAAAGAGAUCAUUUCCAGUGAUAGUAAGAUAUGGAACUUUGGGGGGCCAACAUGCAUGUGCCAACACUGCCAUGCGCUUAUGUGGCAUGCAGAAAGAUCACUACAUUCAACAGUCAAACAGCCAUCCUUUGGACUCUGCUGCAAGCAAGGGAAGGUAGCAUUGCCACCGUUAAAAGAACAGCCCCCUUACCUUACGAGUUUAUUGACAAGAGAUGGAGGAAGAUCAACAAACUACCAACAGAACAUUAGAUCAUACAAUUCGAUGUUUGCAUUUACAUCAAUGGGAGGAACCGUUGACAGAAAAAUAAACAACGGGCAUGGACCUUAUAUUUUCCGACUGAAUGGCCAGAAUCACCAUCACAUAGGAACUCUGCUACCAGAAGGUAGCAACAAGCCUCGCUUCCAACAAUUGUACGUAUAUGACACAGAGAAUGAGAUCGAAAAUAGGAUUGAAGCAUCAAAAUCUGGUGCAAGUAAUGCCCCAUUAGACCAAAAAACUAUUGCCAGCCUACUAAAAAUGCUUGAUGAGAACAACACACUAGCCCAGACAUUCCGAAUGGCAAGAGAUAGAUUUAAAGAAGAUGACUAUCACAAUUACACUCUGAGAUUACUUGAUAAUAGGGAUCAAGAUGGAAGGCAAGACAAUAUGCCAUCAGCAUCAGAAGUUGCUCUCUUGAUAGUCAAAGAUCCGACCAAAAAAAGCUAUGGACGCGACAUUCCAACGGCUGCUGAAGCAAGCGCGAUCAAGGGACUGUUGACGUUGUUCGGCGAGGCAACAGGCCUCAAAACAAAUUUCUGCAAGAGUGCGAUCACCCCGAUUCAGUGCAGUGAUCAACAACGGGCAAUGGUUGAGUCCAUUCUCUCCUGCAGAGUAGAAGAUUUCCCCAUCACCUACUUGGGCCUCCCGCUAGGAACAAGACAGCCAACAAAAGCCGAAGUUCAGCCGAUCCUUGACAAAUUAGCUAAGAAAGUUGCCGACUGGAAACCUAAGAUGCUCUCGAUCGAUGGCAGGCUAUGCUUGAUCAAGUCAGUGCUCAUGGCUCUUCCCGUCCACUUCAUGUCGGUGCUGCAAUUGCCGAGAUGGGCAGUCAAGGACAUAGAGCGCAAAUGA